CGGCAAUGGCGGUGGUGGUGAGGUUUGUGUGUUGUGUGUGGUGAUUUGUGCUCUUCAUUUUUGGAAUAUCCGAUAUGAUUAUUUUAAUUCGGUGAGACUGGGAUACUUCGUACAUUGGGAUUGUUCUACAUGAAGCAUGAACUGUCAAGUGGAUAAGACUUCAAGUAACUCGUCUUCGAAAACUAAGGAUGGAGUUACGAUGAGAGAAAAGAAGGGCGGAGCUCUAAGCCGGGUCCAGAAAUUGAAGAAACGUCUCAGCCACAGUUUUGGCCGACUCUCAAUAUCUAAGGAAGAGGUGGAAGAAUCCUCUACCCGCGCCUCGAAGCUGCCUUACAACGGCUACUCUGACGAGUUCCUGGAUAGGCUGGAGCCCAAUGGCAACAUCCCCACUGACAAGGACAUGCGAUACGGUUGGGACGGUCUCGGGGACCACGACCGGGUUCAGCGCCAGCUGUCGGUGUCCAGCGACUCCAAACUUCUGGACGAAGACAUCCGGGAGGAGGCGCGGGUCAUCCUCAGGCCCAAGAAACCUCCGCGGCCGAAGUCCGAAGUGUUCCUCAACAAGGAACAGCACAGGCGGACCAAGAGGUACUCCGCGUUUGGGGGUGAUUCGCCUUUUGGCAAGUCUGAAGCUUAUAUCAAAUUGGAGCAGCUUGGAGAGGGAUCCUACGCAACUGUUUUCAAAGGUUAUAGCAACUUAACUAACCAAGUGGUGGCCUUAAAGGAGAUAAGACUUCAGGAGGAGGAAGGUGCCCCCUUCACUGCCAUUCGUGAAGCCUCACUGCUCAAAGAAUUAAAGCAUGCCAACAUCGUCACUUUGCAUGACAUUGUACACACGCGAGAAACGCUCACCUUCGUCUUUGAAUAUGUGCACACUGACCUCUCGCAAUACAUGGAGAAGCACAGCGGGGGUUUGGAGCAUCGAAAUGUGAGGCUUUUCCUGUUCCAACUCCUCCGAGGCCUAGCAUAUUGUCACCGGCGGAGAGUCCUGCACAGGGACGUGAAACCACAAAACCUGCUCAUCAGUGAGAUGGGAGAACUCAAACUCGCAGAUUUUGGCCUUGCAAGAGCGAAGUCAGUACCUUCACAUACGUACUCGCAUGAAGUGGUGACAUUGUGGUAUCGCCCGCCAGAUGUUCUUCUGGGGAGCACCGAAUACUCAACGUCUCUAGACAUGUGGGGUGUAGGCUGUAUUUUUGUUGAAAUGAUCACCGGAGUGCCCACAUUUCCAGGUGUUCGUGAUACAUACGAUCAGCUCGACAAAAUAUUUAAGAUUCUAGGUACGCCAACAGAAGAAACAUGGCCUGGAGUCUCACAGCUACCGGUCUACAAACCACGCAAACUUCGUUUCUACCGAGGACAGAAACUGGGCUUGGCAUUCCCUCGCCUCUAUGACAUCAUGGAGGGAGAAAAUAUGGCCUCAGCGUUACUUCAACUGAAUGCAGAUGACAGAAUAGGAGCUGACGAGGCAUUGCACCACCGCUACUUCUCUCCUCUGCCACGUAAACUCUACGAAUUACCAGACGAGACAUCUAUCUUCAGUGUUGAAGGUGUGUUCUUGUACCCAGAGGGUCGGCCAUGUGCUGUCAAGACUUGAAAAUUUCCAAUAGAUAUAGCAUGUUUGUUACAACUAUACAGGAACGAAGCCCUGCAACUGUUGGAUGAUUCACAUCAACCACCCUGUUUGAUCAGCGGUGUUGUUCAUGAUAAAGAAUAUCCACUCAUCUUGUUGGAAAAUAGCAGCUCAGGGACAAUCAUUACAAUUUUACCAUCGGGACUGGAACAGGGGUUUUUAUGGGGGGGGGGAUUUUGCGUUUAUUUUGACCAACACUUACCACUCGCCACCCGCUUUUGCUCACGCUGAAACUUACUAUGACAUGACUCACAUUCGUGUUGAAACCUUUAUUUAUUUGAUAAAGGGGCAGUGGCGGAAUGCGAUAAAGGAAAGCCAAAGUUAGACGUAUUUUGGAAUGUUUUAUGCAAGGUCCAAAGGUGUAUCAUAUGCAGAACUGAUGAAUCCACGAUUCUGAGCCGUGUGCGAUAUCUGGAUUGUCUUUCAGGUUGCGAUAUUUUUUUGUGUGCUAGAAACUACAGAAGUGAUGUGACAAGAGUGUAUGGAAAAUUAUCAUUGAAGUAGGAGAAAGAAUGAAAACAUAAUUAGUUGAAAUAAUAAUAAUUUUAACCAAAAAGUAAUAUCUAGCGGUGCAUUAGAAAAUCAAAUUUAAAUCAUGGCUUUCAUUGAGAAGAAAGAAAGAAAUGUCCUUUUGCCAUAAUAAACUUUGCAUUGCUCUGCAUACUUAUUCAUUCCUUCCAGAGUGCUCAAUUAAUUAGUCACAGUUGAAGCUGCAUUAGUGAGCUGACUGAUUUAUUUCAUAAUGUAAGCCAUGUUGUUAUGCUAAGGUUCUCUCUUUAGCUCUCUGUAACAUUGAUUUUAUUUUGUUGUACCUUCUGGUUUUUUUUAAAAGCUGUACAUUAGUUAAUUAUUUUAUUUAAUUCGUUUCUUUGUAGUUAAAUUUUGAGGUGUUCAAGUAAAUCUUUAUUUCAUGUGGUCUGCCCCCUGAUGUCUACAGGAGCAGACAGCAAAUCCAGAGGAAUGAAACCUCUGAAUUCAUGUUCCCAGAGACGAGAGAAAAGCGGCCAGUAGAUGGAUUGUUAAUAUCCUGCUAUGUACGUAUCUCAUGAAAAGGAACAUUUGCUGUUCAGUUACUCAUCCUUUGUUCAAGGGGAUGUUGUAAUUCCUCUGUUUGUUUUGUUAUUUUUUAUUAAAUUUAGAUGCAUUUUUCUACACAUUGACAGUGUCUACGCUCCGAAAAUUUGGCACACAUGCAGCCGAUAGUUCUCUGUAUUUCAUAACUUUUGUUUACAACGAUUUACUUGCAGAAACAUUUUCAAAUAUUUUCAGAAGGCCAUAUUUAAAAUGGACCUGUAGAAAAAAUACUGAACAUACAAGUUUUUAUGUAUUCAUAAUGACUAUUUCUCAGAUUAUGAUCUGCUAUGUUGCAGCACCACAUGCUGGCAUUUAAACCCGUACUAGUUGUACACUGCAGCAGUGCUUAGAUGUCGCUGUACCACAUGUUUCUCACAUCAUUCUUUCAUUAUUAUAUAUUUUAGAAACCACUGAAGUGAAGUUUAUUAAAUUUUCAGGAGGUGUUACAAAAGUAUAAGCUUUCAUGCAGCAUAAUAUAUCACUCAUUUCCAUGACACACAUUGUACUAAGCAGCUGGGUUGGAGGUAGCAAAACAUUCCCUGUAGCUCCUGUGAAAUCAGUCAUCCAGAAGAAACAACCGUGGUAGUAAAAACUACAGUCUUUGCAAAUAUAAUGUUUUAGUUUUUUUUAAUGCUAGUGGGGUGGGACUAAGUCCCUU